CGUUCAAAAGUCGCUUUAGCCUCGACUUCAGCUUGCAGUAAUCGCGCGCGAAAUACAGUCGCCGCCGGUCGCCGCCUGUUUCUCCAACAUGGAUCUCAGUUCGUUAGAAGAUAAUUCAAGAAAUUUGACGGUAAAGUCCAUGAUACCGGACAUAACAAUGGGGGAACCAUGUUGUAUAGGGAUUGAUGAAGCAGGAAGAGGGCCUGUGCUCGGGCCGAUGGUUUAUGGAAUUUGCUAUUUUCCACUGUCAAAAUCGGAAGAAGUAAAAAGUCUUGGAGUAGCAGAUUCUAAAACACUAACAGAAGAACAACGUGAGGAUCUCUUUCAAAUCAUUGACGAAAACAAAGAGUUCAUUGGUUGGGCAAUUAAUAUUUUGUCCCCAAACUACCUUUCAAAGAGUAUGCUAAGAAGAACAAAGUACAGCCUGAAUGAAGUGUCUCAUGAUACUGCUAUUGGAUUGAUCAACCUUCUUCUCUCAAGUGGCAUCAAUGUACAUGAGGUUUAUGUUGACACUGUGGGAGUUGCAGAGAAAUAUCAAGACAAGCUUCAAAAGAUAUUUCCAGGACUUAAGAUCACUGUGGCGCCCAAGGCUGAUGCUAAAUUUCCUGUAGUCAGUGCGGCAAGCAUCUGUGCAAAGGUUGCCAGAGACAGAGUGUUGAAAGAAUGGAGAUUUCCUGAAAACAUUGAAUUUAGCAAAGACCAUGGCUCUGGUUACCCGUCAGAUCCCACUACUAAAAAGUGGUUAGCUGAUUCAACAGACAAGGUUUUUGGCUUUCCUCAACUUGUUCGAUUUAGCUGGUCAACUUGUAGCAAUAUCUUGGAAAACAAAGCAGUUGCUGUGCAUUGGGAUGAUGAUGAUGAUGAUGAUGGAGAUUCACCACCCCCAGGAACUGCCUCAAUAACAUCAUUUUUUGCUCCAAAAAGUGAUUCUGUUGAACGUCAAAGACACCAGUUCUUUCAGGAACGACAUUUAGAACCUGUUGAUAGUUUCUAAAAAUAUAGAAGGGCUACAAAUGAAGAAUCAUUUAUUUUUGUACAAAAUGUACAAAUAAUCGGUUUUGCACACAAACCACAUGUCGUACACGUCAAAUUUUGAAAUAUAGAAUGCAGAACUAUCUGUCAAAAGUUUUUGCUUUACAUUUAAAUGACUAUCAAUAAACAAGUUAUUAUUACCAUUUAGGAUGUAGACCCCAAUGUAAACAUCCCAAGUGACAAUACUGCAGUCUCUCUGUUUUCAGGUUAAUCUGUUUCAAAGGGAAUGUGGGAAUGUCACACACUUUUAAUCACAGAAAACAAUUUGAAUGAACUCAAUUGCUUAUAUGUGAAAUUGAGAUUAAUCUUUGUUGGAAAACAAACUACUGUCUCGGACAGAUUUACGAGUACAUUACCCACACACAACAGAAAACAUUCUACUCUUUUAAACUCUUCUUUUGUCUAUAAAAAGUCAAGUCACUGCUCUGUGUAUGCUAAAAUAUAAUACACUGCAAGUAAAAUCAACUGACAUCAUUAUCGCUUUUAUUGACUUAAUUGUAUCACAGAAUUAAGAAUGAUAAAACAGUUACUACAGGUUACUCUUCCCCACAUAAAAAGACAAAAUUUUGUCUUUUUAUGUGGGGAAUUAAUUAUUAAUAGGGUCCAAGUGAGUGAGCUCAGAGGAAUCACAUCAAGACUGCAGUUCAAAUGAGAAAUUUGGACCACAUUUUCAAAACUACAAUGUUAAAACCCCAUCUGUUAGGCUCUAAAAAAAUUAUCUUGAAUUUUUUUACUUUUGUAGUAAGAUUAUCAUUAAGUAUUCUUUCAUUGUAAACUUUCCACUGAGGAAGGAAAAUAUUUAUUUCAUGAGUACAGUAUUUAAAAAUAAGGAUUACACUCUUUUUUGCAAUAUUAACAGAUUUUCAUUUAAAUUGUUUUUCUUUACAUAGACCUGCAAAAAUAGUGACAAAUAAUACUGGUACUUUUUCAUUAUGCGCAAAAUAUCAUAUUUUUCACCUACUUCUGUCACUAAUCUGAGGUAUGUGUAACAGAACUUACUCUUUUUCUUCCUAUUACAAAUUUUAAGAAAAACUAGCUAAUUUUCAAGGGAAACACUAAUAACAUUAUAGAUGGUAAUUUUUCCAUAGCAAAGAUCCUCAUUGAAAUUAAAGGUUGGUUAAAUUCAUAUAAUUACUGAUCAGAUAAUAACAGCCUUACAUACUAACUGCUCUUGACAUCAUCAUUUCUGAAAGUGGAUGUGGGAAGAUAAAAAGAAAGAACCAUUUCAGAAUGGUCUUUUGCCUCGGUUUGCAAACAAGUCCUUGUGCAAAACCUUUUCAUAUAGAUAAGAGUUUGGUUUGCACAAAAAGAACAUGCAGAUGAAACACAUUUUUCAUGCAAAUGGUUUUGCAGAAUGACUUGUUUUGACAGGGAGGCAAAGGCAACGUGAAAAUGCCCUUUUUGUAGUCAAUUCCAGUCCAAAGGAUCAGAUGGCCUUUCUAUUCAGUACUGUCACUACCUCUUAAAGGGAUGCUAGUCCAUUAUAUAGACACUGCUCAUAAAUAGCUGCCAAUCAAAAAUUAUUUUGUAUGCAUUUAAAUCAGCCUCAGUAAACUCUUUUGAGAGUACAAAUUAUUUUGAAUUAUCAACUCAAAAAUGAGGUUAGUCUGGCUAAUUUUAAUACUUACUAAAGAAUUCAUAAUUGGCAGCCAUUUAUGAAUAGGGUCUAUGUUCCCCCUAGCAUUUGAACAGUGCUUUUUUUAUAAGCCUAGGUAAAGAAAGGUAUUGUGCGAGAAAGUGCACUGCUCAAGAAAACAAAGACCCUGGGCAGAGCUUGAAGCUGAACCACUCCAUCCAACACACUAAUCAUUAGGCCUAUCUAGCUGCAGAUGUGAAUGCAAGAACGCCAUAUGACAAAUACUGUUAUAGUCAAACUUAGUCAGUCUCUAAUGAUAAUUUGAAAACCAAUGUUAACCAAGGAGAAAUGAAGGGAUUUUAAGUGUUGAAAAAUCUGGGAAGGACAUCACUUGUUACAUAUCUACAUAGUCCUCCCAAUAACUUUAAACAAGAAGUGCUGUCUUUGAACCAUUUAACCAUUAACUUUUAAACAACUUCUUUCUAACAAAUUAAACUUGCUUUCCACACCGUUUCAUUACUGCAAAACUCUGUUGAUAUUCUGAUGGUUUUGUUUAUUGCAACCAAUCACAUUAGAUCACGUGUUACCGUGUUGACUGCACUCCCAACACUUCUUCAAUUUGUAUUGGUCACAACAAACAAAAUAUGUCGGAAAUUGUAAAAGAAGUAAAAAACGUUCUCUGGUAAAAUUGUUUGAAGUUGUGAGC